UGAUGUACGGCAUCGUAGUGUUGAUACUGGUCGAGUCCCAUACAGCUGCGAGGUUCCCCGGGCCUGUGAGGUUCUCCUUCUCCUGCGCAGUCAUGGGCUGCAUUCAGAGCAUAGCCUGCAACAAGUCGCGAAUCAAGCGGGAGAACAUCGUGGUGCAUGACCUGUCCGCCACCAUAGACCACUGCCCGACUGUCAUAGAGGAGAACUCCCCCAUCGUGCUCCGAUACAAGACGCCCUACUUCAAAGCCGCUGCGCGGAUUGUCAUGCCCCCCAUUCCGCGCAGCGAGACCUGGGUGGUGGGUUGGAUCCAGGCGUGCACUCAGAUGGAGUUUUACAACACCUACGGAGACGUCGGCAUGUCGAGCUGGGAGCUGCCUCAGCUGCGCGAAGGUCUGGUGAGGGCCAUCAGCGACUCCGAUGGCAUCAGCUACCCCUGGUACGGAAACACAACAGAGACCGUCACCAUAGUGGGGCCCACCUCCAAACCGUCCCGCUUCACAGUCAGCAUGAACGACAACUUUUACCCCAGCGUCACCUGGGCCGUGCCGGUCAGCGAGUCCAACACGCCCUUGCUGACCAACAUCAAGAGGGACCAGAGCUUCACCACCUGGCUGGUGGCGCUGAACACCACGUCCAAGGAGAAGAUCCUGCUACACACCAUCAAGUGGCGGAUGAGGGUGGACAUAGUUGUGGAUCCAGCCCAGCCUCUGGGCUCCAGAGCCCGGCUGGUGGGCCGGCUGUACCAGGAACAACCUCGGGUGCUGAGCCGCAUGGAGCCCAUCCCUCCGAACGCCAUGGGGAGGCCGAACGCCAACGACGCCCAGGUUCUGAUGUGGAGGCCAAGGAGAGGUCCUCCGCUUGUUGUCAUACCGCCUAAAUAGAGCCAAGGGAGGCUCUUCAGGACUGUUCCUUUUUGCUACAGCAUCACAGAGACCCGCAUACGACUGAAAAUAAUGACGAUGAAAGACCCGAAGCAGAGUUAAGUAUUUAAUUGCUGAGUCAGUGUUAAAACUCUGCCUUAAUUCCCCACCGCUGCCUUUGACCAUCCAGAAGGUUUCAGCCUCUGGUGCUGCAGAACUGCGGCGCGUACGGAGGUGCACUCUGACCCAGCACACCCGAGCAGAGCGCCGCUUAACUCUGAGAAAACACCGUCAGUGCUGGGAUGUAUCAUUAAUCUUCAAUGUAGCUCCUCACGCUCAGGAGGAUGUGAUCAAGCCUUUGACACGGGCAGACGCACACAAAAAGGUCUACAGCCUUAAAGAUCCUCCAGAGGAAAAGUUUUGGAGGUGAAGGUGAAGGAAAGACAACUCUAUUGAGGGGAGUAAUUGAUCGUUUUCAUUUCUGAUGGAUGAUGUGAAUGUACGUAUUCAGGUGUUUUCGUCUGUGCAGAUGUGUUUUUAUAACGGCUGCGUUCGGGCUCGCUGCUGUCACACCAGACUGCCUCAAAAUCGCCAGAGGCCUCGUUCAGGUUAGUUUCAGAUUCAACUUUCAGAUCGCAGGAAAACACGGACUCGACACGUACACCUCCUCACAGACACAAUGACACACGAAUGAAGCCUACAGAGAGAUUCUCCUUUUCUAACAGUGACUUCAUCCAAGCUUCCCAGUUGCUCCAGUUCUGCCUUCGCAAAGCCAGAGAUGCCUGCCGAUAUCGACAGUAAAGCCGGAUUUUUUAAAAAAAAUUUAUUUUAUUUUUUGGUGGGAUUUUCAGGCCCCUCCUUUUAGAUUUGGAGAGAAUGAAGAUGUAGGAGGCAAACGUACCCCAAAAUGAUUUGACUGUUUGUUAGAAAGGGAAACCAGUAUAACACCAUGUUGAAUCACAACUACAUGCCACAUCAUCAAACCCUCUGUCCCCCUUUUUAACCUCCACAAAAGGUAAAAAGGGGUAAGUAAUACUGGUCCUUCAGUAUUACUUUCAGGGGCUUUAUGCUGCUUUUGGCUCCCAGUGGGAACUGUGUUCAGACUGGUAUCGUGACAUAGACGGGGUUUAGUAGAGUUUGGGGUUGGGAGUGGCAUAUAGGAUCUCUUAACUCUUCAUUUUUCAUCUCUACCUUGAUUGUCGCUGUUAAGCUUUGCAUUCCGUCUUAAAACGCGGUUUUAAAAUUUGUCUCUAGAAUCGACUAAUUGUUUUAAAAGCGCGUUAUCGUAGCUUUUAUUUCUCAGAAGGCGAACCAGAGAGUGCAUUCCAACUACUGAGGAAUUACAUUUCUCCUGCCUCUCUGGGAAAAUGUGCUCUUCCCACUUUUGCAGCAAGAUAAGACUGAUUGUUGAACUUGGGAACAGUGCGGCUCUCAUCCAGGCAGAGGACAGACCUUAACCCUUCCCUGGGUGUGAAGCUUAAUUAGCAGAGUAUCAAGGUUUGGGUCAUGGAUUCAGUUUACAGUGUUACCCUACAGAUUUUUGUGCUUUUAGCCAAUAAUGAAUAAUUUCCACGUGCAACCGGUUACUGACUGCAAAGUAAAUAGAAAUACAAUGUAAAAUGAUAAAGAAUAUUUCUUUUUCUUUUGUCAUACAAAGACAUUAUUUUAAAGGCUGAAGCUGAAACACAUUCAAGACGAGAGGCAAAUGUAUCUUUUUCUUUUUUUUUUUUUACAACACAAAGCAUUUAAAAACAUGGCAGAAACAGCAGCUGGGGUGUUAAAAGUCAAAGGUGUCUGAUUCUUCUGUGAAUUAAGGGGUUUUGUUUCUCUGUGGUUUAAUGUUCUUGUAUUUUUGUUCCAUCUUGUUGCGUCAGCUCUGACGUCCGGGUGGAUGGAUUUUUUUUUCUUUUUUUUUUCCUGUACUAGAGAUAUUUGCUAAAAACAUUUGAAACAGGGGUCAACAUUAUCAGUAAGGGUUGCACCAGUACAUGAAUGCAUGCAUCAGUCGGUAUUAUUGGUGCCUUCUCUGCUUGGUAAGUUGCGUAUCUCGUGUGUGUACUCGCACAUUUCACCUGUGGUGGUUUCAUUCUGUGGUCAGGGACGUCCCGGUUUCUCCUCAGCCUGAAAGACACAGAGUAAGCAACUUUAUUUUUUGUUGUAAUAUUUGAGUAAAACUUAAAAGUUUUUUUCAAAAUCAUG